UGAAAGUGUCGGCUCACUGGGGGGAAGAGCAGACUAGCUGGCUGGACUGGAACAAUACCAGCAGUCAGGAAUAGUCAAAUGAGCCCCUCCUCCUCUGCAGCCUCACCUGGACACAUCCUGUUCACCUGUUCAGCUCCCAGGAUGGACACCAGCUCUGGAGGUCUGAAGGAUCUGGGUUCUGGAGGUCUGAAGGAUCUGGGUUCUGGAGGUCUGAAGGAUCUGGGUCCUGGAGGUCUGAAGGAUCUGGUUCUGAGGUGGUUCACUGAGACUCAGGCACCAAACAUUCUGCAGAACGGAAACUUGCCCGACUGGUUCCAGGGACUCGCUGCCAGAAAGGAUGCUGAGGAUCUGCUGAGAGAUAAAGCUGUGGGCUGUUUUCUGAUCCGCCUCAGUGAUAAAGCCGUCGGCUACAUUCUGUCCUACAGAGGACACGACCGCUGCCGACACUUCGUCAUCACCCAGAACCAGGACGGACAGUUUGUGGUGGCGGGAGACAGUGAGACGUUCUUCAGCCUGGAGCAGCUCAUCCAACACUACCGGGUCAGCCCCAUCCAGCCCUUCGGAGAAUACCUCACCUGCAGCUGCCACCAUGUGGACUCAGGUGAGCUGUACGAUGUGGUCAACGCUAAGGGCAGGUCUGGAGUCAGCGUUCAGGCUCUCAGGACUAUGUGGAGCCACAAAAAUGAUCCUCACGGAGACUCCGGACAGAACCAGAAGGUCCAGCAGCAGCAGAACCAGAAGCUCCAGCAACAGAUUGAGGCUCCAUCAGCGCCGACUUUACCGCCUAAAUCUAAAAACAGGAAGCUAACAGGAACCGUGUCUGCAGACGCCACGUCUCUGUCACAGGUUCCUCCAGUUCCUAAACGAGGUCUUCCUCUGGGUUUCUCUCUGAGUGGAUCUUUGCCCGACACGACUUCACAUCCGACUGAACCCGACUACAGCCAACCUGAGAGGCUCAGAGGAAACAGGAAGUUGACGUCGGACUCCUCAACCUCCACCAAUGCCGACUUCCCAGGUGACCUCGACCUGGCCGGACUCACCUCUUCUGAGCCGACUCAGGUGGAGAUCCGGAGCCGGUCUCUGCCCCGGCUGGACCACAUGCAGGAGGAGGAGGAGGAUGAAGAGUACUCCAACCGGCUGGGCAGCUUCUCGCCCAAGAGGGUCACCUGCCUCACCUUCUCCCUCCACUCUGCUCCCAAGCCCAGACCCGAGCAGUCGAGCGCCGAUCUGGAGAUGUGCAACCCGCUGUACCAGGCAUCCGAGGGGCCCGGAGGAGGUCCAGGUGAAGGUAUGUACGCCGAUGUCCCCCAGAGGACCACCAGGCCACCGGACGACACCUACGAGAUGAUCCCAGGAGAGGCCGCUGUUGUCCACGGCAACACCUACGAGUCUUUGGAGGAUCUGAAGACCAAGAAGUCCAAAUCCACCUGGGGGAAAAACAACAUGAACUGGAAGAAAUUCCUCCCGGAUUACAAGAAGAAAUAAAUUGUGGAGUUCCUCAAGGGAGCGUUCUGGGGCUCCUGCUGUUCUCGUUUUCAUAUAAACAACAUAAAACCUGCCUGCUGGACGUCUUUUAUGUAACAUUUUAGUAAAAAUAAAGAUAGGAGACAUUCGUUAAUAAGAUAAAUAGAAAAAGGACCUGACUACACUGUAAAAAAAUAAAAACUAAAUGAAAAAGUGGAACAUUGUAAUGUUAAAAAACUGUAAAAACUGUCUAAAUAACAGCACAUUUCUGUAAAAUAGAGUUGGCAAGAAUAUCCACAGAUGUCUAAAUCAAGUCUGAAUCGUGUUUUGUCAGUGUUUUGGAGCAGCUUGCUGGUUUUGGCACCAAAAAAUAUCAAGAUUUACAUUUUUUUUUAAAGUAUAUUUGAUUAAAAAAAACAGAACAGUUCUGUGAGGAUUUCUCUGUAUUUUUACAGUAAUUUUUAUCGUGCAGAUAUUUGUUGUUUUUUCACUAUUUUUACAGUUUUUGAACCUUACAGAAUUUCACCGUUAAUCAUUUUUCUGGUAAAACACACCUCCUCUAUAUCAGUUCAACAUCGAUUUAUUCUCUUAUUGUGAUGUAUAUCUUUGUUUUUCAUUAUUUUAUAUUUUAGUUAGAUUUAUUUUUUGGUUAUUGUGUUUUAUAAUUCAAUAGUUUAACUGUGCAGCACUUUGUUUCAACUCCUGAUGUUUUUCAACGUGUUUCUAAGUAAAUUGAACUUUAGCAAGUUUUCCUUUUUAAUGUGUUGUUUCAGACCAGUGGAAAGAAAUUCAUAUUUAUUUCCUCUUUAUUAUGGGUCCAAUAAUCCAUCAUGUCUUAUGUGAAAGUGUACAUACUAUAUAGUUAUCUUUAUUGUCUGUACAUUUUUAAUUUUUAUCUAGUUUUUUAUUUCGUCUUGCUUCAUUUCUAUCUGAUCCUCUUCGCUUUGCUUUCCUGAUCAUAUCGUUAAGUUGCUGUAAUGAGUGAAUUGUCCAGAAAGAAUCAGUGGGUCAAUAAAUAAUUGAGGGACUUUUGGGAUAUAUCUGUAUACAUUUUUAUUAAAAUUAAAAGAAACUAAUGUUUUUAUCUUCAUUAUGAUCAUGUCUUUACAAAUUCCAUAAUUAUUUAUUAUGGAAACAAUCACUUAUUAAUAAAAAAAAGACUGGAUGUCACUAAAAUGUCAACUAAAUAACCAUCUGAAUUUAAUACCAACCAUAAAAUGAGCUGAUUCAGAAAUAGUUUGGAUUGUGUUCUUUUAUUAAGUUGGGAUAAUCAUGACAGAUAUUUCUUUUUUGGAAGUAUAGCAAAUUUUAUAUGGAAAGUUUGUUUUUUUGGUCAUUUUCAGUCGGCUUUGUGGUCAUUUUGUGUCAUUUUUUGUGGCCGUUUUCAGUGUGUGUUUGUAGUAAUUUUAGGUGUUUUGUGGUCAUUUCGCAAUUUUUUGUAGUUAUUUUGUGUGUCUCUCAUCAUUUUAUGUCUUUAUAUGAUAAUUAUCUGCCUCACCGAGUCAUUGUGUUUUUCUCUGGUCAUGCUGUGUCAUUUUAUACAUUUUUGUGGUCAUAUUGUGUCUUUGUGUGGUUGUUUUGGGUGUCUUUGUGCUCAUUUUGUUUCUUUUUUGGUCAUUUUCAGACUGUUUUGUGGGCAUUUCGUGCCUUUUUGUGGCUGUUUUCAGUCUGCUUGUGGUAAUUUUAGAUCUUUCUGUGGUCAUUUUGCAGUUUUUUGUAGUUAUUUUGUGUGUCCCUCGUCAUUUUGUCUCUUUUUAUGACAAUUUUGUGUCUCAUUGAGUCAUUUUGUAUUUUUCUGUGGCCAUGUUGUCUUUUUGAGGUUAUUUUGUGUGUUUUUGUGCUCAUUUUGCUUCUUUUUUGGUCAUUUUCCGACUGUUUUGUGGUCAUUUUGUGCAUUUUUGUGGCCAUUUUCAGUCUGUUUGUGGUAAGUUUUAGGUGUUUUGUCGUCAUUUUGUAUCUUUAUAUGAUAAUUAUGUGUCUUAUUGAGUCAUUUUUGGUUUUUCUGUGGUCAUUUUGAGCCUUUUAUGUCAUUUUGUGUUUCGUUGUCAGUUUGUGUCUCUCGGUGUUCAUUUUUGGUCUGUUUGUGGUCGUUUUGUCUCUUUUUAUGAUAAUCUUGUGUCUCAUUGAGCAUUGAUUCAUUUUUAUCUGUUACUCUUCACUUUCCCUUCCUGAUAAUAUCCUUAAGUUGCUGUAAUGAGAACAUUUUCCAGAGAGAGUUAAUAAAGUUGAUCUGUCUGUU